AGAAAAACCGAUGGCAUCAUGAAAUACUGAAUCGAUUCCUCAAGACAUCAACCAGAAAGUUUGGGUCUUCCAGCUGGACAGUGAGCCCAAGGCUGGAACAAAAUGGCUUCAAGGCAAGAAAGUGAAAGUGAUGGAUGGAGUGGCAUCACAAAGCUGACCUGAACAGACUGAACUGAAAAUGCACUUCCAGAGUGCACGGAGACGUUUGUAGUCGGAGGAAUCAAAUGAUGUCAUGCUUGUUUACAAAUCACAUAAAGCUCGGUGAAAACGUGAUCACUUGAACCGAACACUCACUGUGCGACUCACCUCGGUGUGCGCGAGCGUCACCAAUCCGAGGAGUGAUAUUCCCAAGAGUGUCGCGCGCAUCUGAGCGGCUCAGGACGUCUAUCCUGCUGCGCGUGACGCCGCUCCAGGGUGAACGCGCUUUCCUCAACCCAAAGAUCAGACCAGAUCAGACCAGACCAGAUCAGAUCAGACCAGACCAGAUCAGACCAGACCAGACCAGAUCAGACCAGACCAGACCAGACCAGACCAGAUCAGACCAGACCAGACCAGACCAGAUCAGACCAGACCAGAUCAGACCAGACCAGACCAGAUCAGACCAGACCAGACCAGAUCAGAUCAGACCGGGCGCGAGCGCAGAGAUGUCCGGAUGAUUACGCGUUACGCGUUACGCGUUGCUCUUGUCGUGCGCGUGUUGCGCGUAUUCCCAAACGCAACCUGCAAAAGUAGAGAAAUACCGAGUAGUGGGAAUGAACAUUAAAACUUCUCCACGGGUUGUUCUGGAUGGAGAAAACGGCUUGCCUUGACACUUUAAGGGGCUGGAGUAGGGGUUGUGUUUCUGUGCUUAGCAACGAGUCUGGACAGGCUGGGACUUCUUCUGCGUCACAGAGUUGAUGGGCGACUCUUUCUCCAAGUGUACUUUUAGGCGACAGGUCCACGCUUGGAGCGCGCGCCUUCGCCUUUCAAUGCGCAUUCAAUCCGGAGGUGAUGUGAAAUCCGCGUGGCGCACAGGAGCACAACUCGGUCAAUUCAGGUUUCCAUGCAGGCUCGAAGACCCCACCCUGAUUUCUCCAACUGUGAAUAUUCUGUUGAUCCUGUACUACCUUUGCCAUCAGGAGCAUCACUCAGAAGGGUCAGAGGUUGAGAUUUGGCUCCACCAGUCAUUGGCUCACAGAGACUGAGGGCAAAUCUCGAACCAGAGCAGGCCUUGAGUGGUGGGUGAGAUGACACGCCCCCACCGGAUCGCCUCACUCUGGUGGCUUUUACUGAUACACGCAUACAGACAGGGCAUUCAAAUGGUGGAGUGCUCUGAGGACUGUGGCCAGCGCAACAUCAGUUUAUGCCCAUGCGUUCCACUAAAAGGUUCCAGGGGACCUUCUGGUGCUGUGGGGGAAGACGGUAGAAAGGGGAAUGUAGGUCAACCAGGACCUCGGGGGCUAUUUGGACCAAAAGGACACCGAGGUUCUGAAGGAAAUCCUGGAGCUCCUGGACCAAAAGGAGAUGUCGGCACGAAUGGAGUAAAUGGAAAUCCUGGAUUUAAUGGAACACAUGGUGAGCCUGGACCUGUUGGCCUUCCCGGUCUUCCAGGAAUUGAUGGCUGUAAAGGGCUCCGAGGAGAUCCAGGAAUCAGUGGCCGUCGUGGACUAAGUGGUGGACCCGGACCACAAGGUUGUCAAGGACCAAAGGGACCCAAAGGAGAUUGUGCAUACAAGCACAUCAUGAAUCCUGGUCUACGUGGAUGUGAUGGACCUCCUGGUGAUCCUGGACCUCAAGGAGCUCCUGGACCUUGUGGCCCACAAGGUGCACAGGGGAAGCCUGGAGGACCUGGUUUACUGGGUAAAAAUGGUGUUCCAGGUGUACGAGGUCCUCCAGGAGACCCAGGAAAGCCCAUUCCUGGUCCAAGUGGAGAUGAGGGAGAUCCAGGGCCAGAAGGCCCACCAGGCCCCUUUGAACUAGUUGAGACACCAGAAGAAUAUAAAGGAGCCAAGGGGGAAAAAGGACCUGAUGGAGACUGUGGACUCCCUGGAUCAAAUGGAACUGACAGCCCUAAGGGGGAAACAGGAGAGAAAGGCGUCGCAGGUUGUCCAGGUGCUACAGGAGAUUGUGGCUCUCCUGGGCAUUCUGGCAGACAAGGAAUUCAGGGUAAACGAGGAAACCCUGGACUCCCUGGUGAACAUGGUUGCCCAGGACAAAAGGGAAUCUCAGGUGAUCCUGGUCCACAAGGAAAAAUAACAUAUUACUCUUGUCCAGCAGGUUGUGUCGGUGAGAAAGGAUCACCUGGGGCCCCUGGUAUCAAAGGAGACAUGGGAUUGAUAGGCCUGCCAGGCCCUCCUGGUCCACCAGGAGAAUCUAUGCCUGGCCCCCCAGGCUGGCCAGGGACAAUAGGUUCACGAGGCUUUCAAGGUGAUAAAGGAGAACCAGGAAAGAGAUCCACUGAAAAGACCCCAGGGGAACCUGGGAAACCAGGGCCCCAAGGGCCAAAAGGGAUUCAAGGGGCUCCCGGCCCCCAUGGAUCCUACUGCGUUCCUGGCCAAAGAGGAGUUCCUGGUUUUGAAGGAGAUAAAGGUCUACGCGGUCCAACAGGCAUUCAGGGGAGGAAAGGUGACAAUGGUGAUUGUGCUUGUGAGACCAGUCCUAAAAUUAUUGGCUCUCAGGGUUUGCAAGGUGAAUCAGGAGAACCUGGUGCUCCAGGACUGCAGGGGUUUCCCGGUCCACAAGGUGAACAUGGCCCUGAUGGAGAUCCUGGGCUACAAGGAGAAUCAGGUUUUCCAGGUUUUCCAGGUUACAGGGGGAUGAAAGGGGAAAAAGGAAACCUGUUUCUGAUGAAGAUCAAGGGUGAAAAGGGACAGCCCGGGACAACAGGGACUUGUGGUUCUCCAGGAGUCAGUGGCAAGAGAGGGGAUUCAGGGCAGCCUGGGCCUGCAGGUGAUUGUGGUUCAGAGGGUGACAGUUUAAAAGGUUUUCCUGGUGAUAGAGGUUGCCCAGGAGACAUAGGCUUCAAAGGUGAAAGAGGUCCCUGUGGACCACAAGGCCUAGGUAUUCCUGGGCCAGUAGGUUGUCGAGGACAAGAAGGUGACCAGGGACCUCCAGGAUUGAGAGGAACUGUUGGGCGUAAAGGAAACAAAGGUGAUACACAGCCCUGUAUACCUGGCAGUCCUGGAGUCCGUGGACCAAAGGGAGAGCAUGGUGACCAAGGAUGUUUAGGAGAGCAGGGCAAUCCAGGGCCUUCUGGGGAUGAUGGAGUUAACGGGCCAAAGGGAGAGAAAGGAAACAUUGGAAGUCCUGGUCCUUGUGGCCCUACAGGGUUAUGUGGAUUUGAGGGGGAUCCAGGAGACAUUGGACUAGAUGGCCAGAGUUUGCAAGGAGAACCAGGGAUAUGUGGUAAUCCUGGACCCACUGGGUUAAAAGGAUGCAUUGGAGACUCAUUGGUAGGAUAUCAAGGGCCAUUGGGCCCAAUUGGGUUCAAUGGCUGUUCAGGAGCUAAAGGAGUCCCUGGAGCCCCAGGGUCACUUGGUCAAGAAGGCUCUCCUGGUGUACCUGGAUCCCGAGGUAGGAAAGGAGCUCCAGGCGGAAAUGGUCAGCCUGGAAGAAAAGGGUCCAUUGGCCCAUAUCCAGUCCAGUGUGACAGUGGAACAAUAGGUGACCCAGGACUGCCAGGAGACCCAGGCUGUAGUGGAAAUCCAGGUGAACGUGGUGAGAAGGGAUGUGCUGGACCCCCUGGCCUUCCUGGAAGGGGACUGAAAGGUGAAACUGGGAGACCAGGUCUACCUGGUGUUCGGGGGUACUGUGGUCCUCAGGGAUGCCCAGGAUCAGAUGGAGAAUCUGGUGGUCCUGGUACUAAUGGUGUGAAAGGUUCUCCUGGACAACCCGGAAGGGAUGGCUUACCUGGUGGUGUUGGUGAGUGUGGACAUCAAGGACCACCUGGGAUAAAAGGAGAGAAAGGCUUUGAUGGGAGGCAAGGUUGUCUGGGGCACGAUGGAGAGAAAGGAGAAAAAGGUCCCUGUGGAAUUCCUGGGAUGCCAGGAGAGGUUCAUGUGAAUGCUGAAAAAGGGAAGAACGGGACACCUGGAAUGCCUGGGCCAUGCGGUUUUCCUGGUCCCCGAGGUGAUAAAGGUGUGAAAGGGGAAUGCGGUGCAGAUGGGAUUCCAGGGUAUCCUGGACCUCCAGGUUGUGAGAGUGGCCCUCCAGGGCCACAAGGUCCCUGUGGAAAGCCAGGUGAACCUGGACCCAAGGGCUCACCAGGGUUGAAAGGCUAUUGCGGAUUUCCUGGAGUACCUGGAGAGCCAGGUGACCCAGGGUUGAGUGGAUCGCCAGGAACCCCAGGUUUCUGUGGAUAUAAUGGGCAGAAAGGAGAAAGAGGAGAUUCUAUAGGUACACCAGGACCUCCAGGUCUGAGAGGCCCAUGUGGACAAAAUGGCUGCCCAGGUCCUGUAGGAGAUCAGGGAGAUUCAGGAGACGCAGGUCCACCUGGUCAGUGUGGACUGCCUGGCAAACCCGGUCCUGUUGGAAAUCGGGGACAUUGUGGACCUCAAGGUGUUAUUGGUCCCCCGGGUCCCAGAGGAAAAUGUGGCGCCGAGGGUCCUCCAGGGCCUCCUGGACCUCCUGGACUUGAUGGACCAUCAUGCCCCUGUGGCCCACCAGGUUCUCCAGGGCCACCAGGACUACAUGGAUUGAAUGGAGUAAAUGGUGUGAAGGGUGACCCAGGGACAAACGGACAAGGUGUACCUGGGGACAGGGGGCCUAAGGGGCAGACAGGUAAAAAGGGUUGUACAGGAGACCCUGGGCCACAGGGUCCUAUCCAGCAAGGGGUCAAAGGCUUCCAGGGCCCGCCUGGAUUGCCAGGUGAUGCUGGUUGUCCUGGUCCUUGUGGUCCUUGUGGCAGUCCCUGUAAGAACCCUCAACAAGGACAGUGUGGUGAAAUGGGAUUUACGGGCUGCGAUGGCACACCAGGACCUAGGGGACCCAUGGGACCAGCUGGCCUGGCAAUACCUGUGCAAGGGGAUCAGGGGUACCCAGGUUCACCAGGUCUUCAGGGAUGUAAAGGAAGAAAAGGUGCUUGUGGUCCCUGUGGCCAGGAUGGGGUUUCAGGCCCCCAAGGACAGAAAGGUGAGAAAGGUGAUGCAGGGUGUGCUGGAGUUCCUGGAGUUCCUGGCAUACCAGGAGCAAACGGCAACACCGGGAUCAAGGGGCUGAAAGGACCAAAAGGAGAUGAAGGUUUUUUUGGAAGACCAGGGGAUGUUAUUUAUAUCGAUUCCAACAAACCAGUUCCAGGUCCACAUGGGCUUCCUGGUCCUCCCGGUGAACUUGGAUUUCCAGGAUCUAUAGGAGUUCAGGGCAAUGAGGGGCCAAAAGGUUCAAAAGGCGAAGUGGGAGAUCCAGGGUUGGAUGGUCAACCUGGACCACCUGGCCUUAUCGGACUUUCUGGAGACCAAGGACAGAAGGGUGCCAGAGGUUCACCAGGCGUGCCAGGCCAACAAGGACCUCCAGGAGAUCAAGGUCCUCCUGGCCCCUCUGAGAGGUUCAACUCUGGCUUCCUAUUGGUCAUUCACAGCCAAUCAACAGAGAUACCCAAGUGUCCUCAAAAUACGUCCAAACUGUGGGAGGGAUAUAGCUUACUAUAUCUGGAGGGGCAAGAAAGAGCACACACGCAGGACCUAGGAUCGGGAGGUUCAUGUAUGCGUAUCUUCAGUACUAUGCCCUUUGCAAACUGCAACCAGCGUGCUUGCCAGUAUGCCACCCGCAAUGAAAAAUCCUAUUGGCUUUCCACCGCUGCUGUAUUACCUACCACGCCCGUGUCUGGGUUGAAUAUCCAGCGAUACAUCAGCAGGUGUGUGGUGUGUGAGGCUCCAUCAGCAGCCACUGCCAUUCACGCCCAGGACAGAGUUCAUCCCAGCUGCCCAAGGGAUUGGUUGACACUCUGGACUGGAUAUUCUUUCAUCAUGUACACUGGGUCAGGAGAUGAAGGAGGCGGUCAGUCUCUCAUAUCGUCAGGAAGCUGCCUGCAGAAUUUCCUCACGCAUCCAUUUGUGGAGUGCCAGGGUAGACAAGGCACAUGCCACUACUUCACCAACCUCUACAACUUCUGGCUCACACACGUGCCUGAGGAAUUCAGCUACAGACCGAAAAUAGAGAUCCUAAAAGGAGAAGCUGAGCAGCUUGAUCACGUUGGCCGAUGCACUGUCUGCUUGAGGUCGUGAGACCAGUCCAGGUUGUCACGCUGCAUCCUGAAAUGUUCUCACAUCCUCCUUUGGGAUGCUUCAGAGGAUGUGAGUCAAGUGGAGUCAUAACUCAUUGAGGGGGGAGAACUGAACAGUUUGUGAUUUCACACUGAAGAACAAUUGUGAACUGUGAACAACUUUGUACCACACUUUUCCUCUCUGGAGUUAAUACUUGAGAGUUCGAGCAGUGUUUGAUAUCUCGUGAUUCUGAUCGCCUUGUCUCAAAAUAUUGGUUGUUCUUUAAAAGAAAUCAAUAGUUGUCAGGUCCGUCAGCACUGGCAUUUUCAAUUCUACAAAAGUUCAAUAUCAAAACACAAUUUAAAAACUCCCUUCACCAUACUUUACAUCUGUGCAGCCAAACUAGACACACAGUGCUUUGCAUAAGUAUUUAACCCCGUUCUUUACUACUUUUGUUGUAUUACAGCCUGGAACUGAAAUGGACUUUAUUGGGAUUUUUACAGAUUGGCUCUCCAUUAUACCUUUAUUUUUUUUGUUGGUGCAAAAACAUUUAUAUCAUCACCAAGCAAACAAAAAUUAGACGUGUUCUGUUUAUGCCUGUGAGACGAUACUUGGUAGCAUCACCUUUGGCUACAAUUACAGCUGAAAGGAUUGCAUCUCAAUCUGGUUCCUGAUAAUUUUCACUGUUCUUCUCGACAAAACUGCCAAACCUUUUGUCAGAUUGGAUGGAGACAAUUAUUGAAGAGCAAUUCUCAAGUUUUUGCCACAGAUUUGUAAUAGGAUUGAGGUGUGAGGCAUUCUAAGAUAUUCAGGUUCAUGGUUUUGAACCACUCCAGCAUAACUUUGGCAGUACAUAUGGGAUUGUCUUAUUAGAAGGUGAACCUCCACUCCCAGCUAAAGUCACUUGCACAUUGGAACAGAGUUUCUUCUCGGACUGCCUUGUAUUUGGCUCUAUCCAUCUAUCUUGGCCUUCACCUUGACCUGUUUCCCAGUCCCUGCUCAUGAAAGGCAUCUCCACAACAUAGUACUACCACCACCAUGCUUCACUAUAUGGAUAGUGUUCUCAGGCUGAUGAGCAUUACAGGGUUUCUGCCAAAUCUAACACUUUAUACCAAGGAAAAGGAUUUCAAUUUUGAUUACAUAAGAGCAGAGAAGCUUUUUGCACAUUCACUCACUACGUUUACAUGCACAUAGAGAGAAUCGAAUUUCUGCCGUUGCUCGAGUGAAAUCGAAGUUCAAAAUGCCAUGUAUACACCUUAAUUCGGCUGAAAUUGAACCGAACUUGAUUUCUCGGAAUCGAGCUACACGACCUAGAUUAUGCGAUUUCUGCCGAGCUACUUUGUGCAUGUAUACCCUAUCGAGCUAGUUGUCGAGCUACUUCCGGAAGUGACGAGUGACGAGACCACAAGCGGGAAACACAACAGCCUCGGUCGGCAUGACAACAGUAGUAGCGAGCAGCAGAAGAGGUCAGGAGGAACAAACGAAGAGGAGAAAAUGGCGAUGUAGAGCUCUCUGAAGUGUGGGUGGAGCACAGAGGACGGCAGGACAAAGCUUCUGGUACUAAUAGGUUUUUUAUUGUCAGACUUUUCAGUUUAACAGCCUACUUUUAUUCUUGAGAGAAACACACACACACACACACACACACACACACACGCGCGUGCGCUGUGUUCUAGUCCCGGGAUGAGCUCUCCCCUCUGCCUCCUUAAAUAGGGCGCGGUUACUGGGAAGACACACAAACACAGGUUAAUUACCGUCAGGUGAAGUGAUUCUGCCACUCACCUUCCCUGGCUCCGCCCUCCUGUCACAGACCGGUGCUUGACCACGCCCCCGCUGCCACAGGCAAGCAGAAACGUGCACUUCUGGAGCAAUGAGGAGACAGAGUUCAUGCUCAUUCAGCUUAAGGAGUUGAAUAUAUUAAAAUUCAUGGACGGGAGAAAAACGCGCAAUGGAGAACACGGAACUGAUAACUUUGUUUACACUCUUGAAUAGCUCUUCUUCAUGACGACAACCGGAAGUGUACCAACACGAUGGGGCGUGUUGCGCCACCUGUGGCUCGGGUGCACAAUGCACCUCACACAAUAGCCCGAUUUCAUUGUGUGCAUGUAGGAUUGGAUUUCUCUGGCACCCUGCUGGGACCUUCAGCUCGAUUACCGACAGCAGCUCGAUUUGGAUGUGCAUGUAAACGUAGUCAUUGAGGCUCCAGUCUGUCUUUUGGGAAACUUCAAACAGGGUGUAAAUACUGAUGCAAAGCACCUUAGGAUUUUACUAGAGCGACUGCUACAAUUAUCGACACCUUAACGAUCUUCUGGCCGUUGCAAAAGUAGAAAAGGUUUUCAAUACGUAAAUUGUGCAUGGAUAAUUACUCAAACUUCCACUGGGAAAAAAAAAAAAGUUGAUUCACGAUUACUUAGUGCAUCAGAUCACGUGACACCGUUCUACAAUUAUCGACAUCCGGAUGAUUAUUUAUUUAAAAAAAUAAUAAAUCGGUAUGUGGUAUUAAGUUAACAAAACAGUUUUUAUUUAAAUGUGUUUUCCAUACUUAUAUUUAGGGCAAAAUAUUUUAUAUAAAUAUAUGGAUGUCGGUGUUUACGUAAAUGAGGAAGUAAUUCUGUUUGUAAGCAAAUGAACUGAUCAUGUUUAACCUGCGUCAGAAAAUCUUUUUGUUCCACUUUCUAAGGAUUUUCUUAGAUCACAUUUUGUUAAUCAUUCAUUGUUGUUUAUAUUAAUUUCUAGUUUUGUAGUUUACUACUAAAUGUCAACAGGGAUAUUGUAUUGUAACCACAUGAAAAUACAGGUCAAAGGUCAAUUUUUUUAAUUGAAAUUUUGAAUUUACAUCAAAAAAUAUAAAAUGUCUCCUGAUAUUGUAAUAUGUGGUGGAUAUUUACAACAAACUGCAAAAAAAAUUUUCUGAAUGGAAUAGAGAAAUCUGAAUAUUUCAAGCAUGUAAUGUUUUAUAUGCUCGGAAUUUAAUUCUGGUCUAAUUCUAUUUAUUGCAGUCGGAUUCCAAAUACUCUAUAAACAUUCCAUUCUGUUAUGAAUCAGAAAAAAAUUAUUAUAAAAUCACAGCACUUUUAUUUUUUUUAAAGUACUUCAUCUACUUCAGCAAUGUUACACAAAGAUCGAUCCAUAACAGUUGUAAAUGCCACUUAAUUCCACAGCGUGUCGAUAAUGGUGGACACCGGUGAAAGUGAUCACUAUUAUCAACACCUCACGUGACUUCUCAAACACGCGUUUAGAUACAAAAUUGCGACUGUCAAAUGAAAGAGUAAAAAACAAAAUAGUUUCGAUGAGAUCAUGAAAUAUUGGUGAAUUUGAUCAGUAAAAACAUGUCCAUGGUCUUUCCACCAUGCUUACCUGCGAUGAUGACGUCCGGGUUUUCCAAAAAAUUGCUGAUCGUGCUAAAAAAAUUCCAUCUCCGGUAACGAGCAGUGUCCUCAGACGUCAAGAUCAAAGGGUGAGGAGGGUCUUCCGGUUGAUUAAUUAACCAAUAAUAACUGUUGGAACUAAACUCAGCUUUGUAAAAUUGUUUAUUGGUAAAUCCGAAAAGGUGUCGAUAAUUAUGGACUGUCGAUAAUUGUAGCCGCCGCUCUAGUAAUUCUUACAAACAAGAAUAGAAAACUAUCAGAUUCUUUAGAGAUUAAAGUUAUUGUAAAUGCUGGAUGGAGGGAAAGCAUUGAUUAAAAAGGUGUGCCACUGUCACUAUGGGUUCAGUCACAUGGCUUCACCACUGGGAAAAAAAAAAAUAUGGUGCUAAAUGUCUUGAAAGUAGCAUUUCUACUUCUUUUUCUUCUUCAUUAUUGACUUUAUUUUCUCUUACCUUUUACCUGUGACUUCCAGAGAAUCUCUUAGCCAGAUAUGUGUAAUGUUAUCCAUGUGCAUCACUACUGUUUAUCCUCUCCUGGACCUCAGUGUGCUGCAAAUAUUCAUCAUUCAUGGUUGCAUUUAAUGGCACAUUUCAAUAUUUGCACUUUAUUGAAUUGGUUAAUGUGUUUAGAUGCUCAUAUGCUUCAUCUUGUCUUUUUUUUGGGGGGGGGAGGAAUGAAAUCUACAAGGACCAGCCGUGGAUAGUUGUUAAAGAAUCUUCCCUAAAGUAGUUUAAUUUUGUGGUGCUAUUACUAAUCAAUACCAGAAUUAAACCAAACUAACUCCUUCAGUGUUCUUCGCCAUAUCACAUGACAUUUUACAGUGAUCAUGGAUAUGGGAACUUGGACGCAUUUUAAAUAUAUAUCUAUUCUACUGUAUGUAAAUACACUGUUGAAAGAAUCAGUAUUUAUUUAGGAGGAGGUUAUUUUGUAUGGAAGCCCCGAACCGGAAGACGUAGGGGAAUUUUUAUGUUUGGUCAUAAUUUUUGAUGCAGUAACUCAUUUUUCAGCUUUGCGUUAUCUUAUGAUGAUGGAUCUCAUUCUUUCGACACUGCACAAUCUGAUAACGCCACUAUGACCAUUAUGGAACUUAAGGAAUUUAAAUAAUUUGUUGCAGAAAAACAAGAAAUGAAUUCAACAUAUGAUAUACACCAUGUUCAAAAAAAGUUUGUGGACAUGCAGCCAUCAUACCCAUGCACCCCAAACUGUUAAGCACACAACUGUAUAAGAUGUCUUUGUCUGCUGGAGCAUUAGAAUUUACCUUGGAUAAAUUUGAAGCGGUCUCUCAUUCUUUUUUACCAAAUCAGAAAAUAUUGUGGAAUAAACUCUCGCUCUGAUUGAA